AUGGAGUCUCACGACACCUUCAACUUCCCGGCAUCUGGCCUGUGCUGGGCUCCAGAGUCUGCCUACGCUCUGCCCCCAGCGCCCGAUGCCCUCGCUUCGGAGCUGCCCUUUCUCGUUCCUCAACACAGGCACGACCCCGACGGCAGCUGGUGGCGAUCCUAUCAUCCGAACGAGUCCAGUGGACUCGCCUCGUCUGUCUACAGUCCAUCGCGUGCUUACUAUCAGCGUCUGCAGGAAGAGGAACUCAUCAUGCACGGCCCUGUCAAGUCGUACAGCAUGGAGAAGUCACAUUCUAUGCAACAUCCUGUCCCGGAGUCGCACCGUGGGGGACAAUCGACUGCCCAGCCAGAUGUGCUGGCGUACAGAAACCGCCAUACCGUCGAGACAUCUACGUCAGGUGUGACGGCACGGUGUCCUGACAAUGUCAAUCACAGUGAUGGCAGCCAGGUCUCGGGCUAUGCAGGCGCUCGAGAUUUUUGUGCUGUUCCAAGGUCCUACUAUGUAGCUACUCAAGCUUCUCACCAGAUCGAACAUGGCCUUCAUGACCGCCCGCCGCUUGCUUCGAGCUCGUCCACCUUUGCUCAGGUGCCCCCGCAGACUACCAUGCCGGGUCACCAGUCGCAUGCCAACCAAGCCGCGAUCGUGCAAUCUUGCAAUGUACACAACGAGGUCCUCCCUAGUUCUCGGCUUGAUGUUGCACAGUUGGAGCGAUUGAACUCCAAGUACAGCAUUCUAGUGCCAAAUCAACGCGGCGGCAAACGCGGCCCGUUCAAAGACGUUAGCCUGCGCGAGCAAACAGCGCAAACUAGAAAGAUAGGUUCAUGCAUCAGGUGCAGGAUGCAACGCAUUCGGUGUGAACACAACACAGAAGAUCCGACCGGUCCGUGCAUGACUUGUAAGAAAGUGGCCAAUACCCGAGCCGGCAGGUUGCCGUGCCUGCGGUACAAGAUCACCGAUGUGAAAUUAAACAAGUCCGGCAACGUCCCGGGCUACGAGUGGACGCAACGCUGGACGGACAAUGUCCCAAACGUCACCAAUGAGGGCUGGGCAUCCUUGGAGGUCAAAUCGAUCAGCCUGGCGGAAGGUUACUCGGUCAAUGUGAUUCAACUUGCCGUUCGGCGAUUCGUUCCCCAAGCUGGCGACAAAAUCAACCGCACGUACCGUGACAAGACUGGCAAGCAAUGCUCACACUCGUGCACACCAUAUGCGCUGGUCGACCUCAAGAGCAGCGCCGGGGCGUACCAGCGGUAUAUCGAGAAGUCCAUCGGACAAGUGCUACACAAUGUCACAAAGGAGCACGGGCUCGUGCACAAGACAUAUUUGCGCAUGCACGCAUGCGCCGUUGACAAGUCGACACCUCUGGAGAUACGCAACCUAUUGCUCAAGACCUUUAUGCUUUGGAUGUAUGUCCGCUUGACCACCAAGUCCGUGUUCAUCAGAGGUCCGGAGACGUUGGGUAUCAAGCAGCUGCCCAAAGACAGCCCUGACCCGGACAAGGUGCCUGUACCACCUGUCCUAGGCAGGCAGCUGGAUAUCUUGUUGAUGGACAAGCUCGCCGAGCUGAGGAAGGAAGUCCUUGACGGCCUGGAAAAGCUCAUGUCCAAGAAGAAGCACAGCACAUGGUUCUACAUAUAUCUCAUCAGCUUCGUGCUACUCCACAACACAGCGUUGAUCACGGCCCACGACUCGAGCUACGCCAAGAAGCACGGCAUCAAAGACAAGAAUGGCAUACAGGUCCGAUUCGCGCGCGAGGCGUCCGUCAGAGAGUACCACGUCGGCGCCAAUGUUCUGCUCGCCCAUUUCCAUUACUGCAACAAGGGGGUAUAUCCUUUCUCAGAUCAGUGCAAAGAUCAAGAUCUCCGGGCGCUUGCAGGCUUGAACGAAGAUGAGAUCCUCUUCGUCAAAGCCACACGACAGGCCGCCAAGCAAUCGAAACACGACUGGGAAAAGUUCCGAGCGAGAGGCGACUACGAGAACGACUGGUACUUUGUCAGCCAGCUAUUCGAGGAGAACUGGCAACCGCAAUCCACCAUUUGA